CUGGUGGCAACUGCUGCGGGAGACAUAGAGAGGCUGCUGGAUAACCGCUCCCAAGCCUUAAAGAGGCUGGCAGCAGCAGCAGAAAGGUUACAGAAGGAACAUAAGUGGAUGGACAACAGUAAUGCCAGCGGUAUUAAAUACUACAAUGCCAAAGAUGGAGUAAAUCUGACAAAAUCAAGUAAUGUAAAAGUUGAAGAGGACGAGACGAAAAGAGUCAUUCCAGACGAUUUUGAAUUUGACCCAGACUUCAAACGACUUGUCUCCUACAACAGCACGGCGGUCCAUAUUCCCACUGAUAUAUUUGAAGGCUCCGCCAUCAUUCUGAAUGAGCUAAAUUGGACAGAAGCCUUGGACGAUCUUUUCCGGAAAAACAAAGAGGAAGAUCCUUCCCUGCGCUGGCAGGUGUUUGGCUCUGCCACCGGGAUGGCUCGGUACUUCCCAGCCUCACCUUGGAUUGUUACAAGAGAUUCAGUCAACAUUGAUCUUUAUGAUGUGCGCAGACAACCGUGGUAUAUUCAGGGGGCGGCGUCACCCAAGGACAUGCUGAUCCUGGUGGAUGCGAGUGGAAGUGUAUCAGGUCUCACCCUCAAGCUCAUUAAAACAUCUGUCAGCAAGAUGCUGGAGACCCUCGCCGAUGAUGACUUUGUGAACGUGGUGUCUUUCAAUAAAAGUGCCAAGCCCGCAGCAUGCUUCGAAAACCUGGUACAGGCUAAUAUCCGGAAUAAGAAGGUGCUUAAAGACGGUGUGCAGAGGAUCAAAGCAGAGGGUAUCACCAACUACACAAGCGGCUUUGAGCUGGCAUUCCAACAGCUUGCACAGGUAAAUAUCUCAAGGGCCAACUGUAACAAGAUUAUAAUGCUGUUUACUGAUGGAGGAGAAGAGAGGGGAGAGGAGAUCUUUAAAAAAUUCAACCCAAAGGGAACGGUGCGCAUCUUUACCUUUUCAGUAGGUCAACACAGCUACGACAAAGGACCAAUACAGUGGAUGGCCUGCGCCAAUAAAGGUUAUUACUAUGAGAUCCCAUCUAUAGGCGCCAUUCGCAUAAACACUCAGGAGUACUUGGACAUUUUGGGUCGUCCCAUGGUCAGAGCUGACAGAAGGGCCAAGCAGGUUCAAUGGACCAAUGUUUACCCAGACGCCCUGGAGCUUGGCCUUGUGAUCACCGGAACACUGCCUGUCUUCAACAAGACUGAUACAGGCUCAAAGAAAACUCAAAACCAGCUCAUCCUGGGGGUUAUGGCUGUUGAUGUCUCCUUGGAAGAUAUAAAAAAACUGACUCCUCGCUUUACAUUUGGACCGAAUGGCUACUACUUUGCUAUGGAUCCAAAUGGAUAUGUGGUGCUCCACCCUAAUCUCCAGCCAGCGAAUCCUACAUAUCAAGACACAGUAACACUGGACUUUCUGGAUGCUGAGCUUGAGAAUGACAUCAAAGUGGAGAUAAGGAAAAAAAUGAUAGAAGGCCAUACUGGGAAUUAUACAAUAUCUACACUAGUGAAAUCUCAAGAUGAGCGCUACAUUGACCAAGCCAAGAGGACAUACACCUUUGCACCAGUGAAGUUGACAGACUACAGCCUGGCCCUGGUUCUCCCUGAGUACAGCAAGUAUUACAUCCGCGCCACAAUCGGUGACACAAUAACCCAGGCUAAAUUUUCAGAAAGCCUGAUGGCCGACAAGUUUGAUGAAUAUGGCUACACACUCAUUGCACCAAGGAUGUAUUGUAAGGACUUGAAUCCUCCCAACAUGAACACAGACAACACCGAGUUCCUGAUGGAGUUUAACAGUUACAUUGACACAAAGACUCCAAACAACCCAAUGUGUGAUGUGGAGCUGGUAAACAGAUUGCUCCUGGAUGCUGGCAUCACCUCAGAUCUGAUUAAAAUCUGGAAAAAGAAUGAAGUACAAAACAUUGUGGUGGCCAGAUUUGUUGCCACCGAUGGAGGGAUAACUCGCGUCUUCCCGAAAAGUGCUGGGCUGGAAUGGACAGAGGAAGCAGAAACAUACGAGUCAAGUUUCUAUAAGAGGAGUCUGGACAACGAUUUGUACAUCUUCACUCCAAAACCCUUCAAUAAACAGAAAGAGAACAGCAGCCUUUAUGAUCAAGAAAGUGAUAACUCCGUCCUUGUGAGUAGAGUUGUAAACCUCAAGAUUGACGAUAUCACACUCAAACCAGCUGUGGUUGGUGUGAAGUUGGACAUCGAUAUAUGGAAGGAGAACUUAAUUAACAUUACAACCAAGAUGAAUUGUAAAGAGGAGAUCUGUGGCUGUGGUACUGUCAAAUUUAUAGACUGUAUCAUUCUGGAUGAUGGAGGAUUCCUGGUGAUGUCCAAUCAAGAUGAAUACAAUAGUCAGCCCACAAUAGCCGAUAUUCUGAGUUUAGGAUGGUGGGCAACAGCUGCAGCCUGGUCAAUAGUGCAACAGUUGUUGGUCAGCAUCACAUUCCCCAAUUUUAUGGAUGCGGCUGAAAUGGAGGAGGAAGUGUCAGCUUCAGGGAAUAAAGAAGCAUGCAUCACAGAGCAAACUCAAUUCUUCUUUGAAACAGACACCACAACUUUUAAAGGCAUGAUCGAGUGUGGAAACUGUUCCAGGGCCUACCAUGCUGAAAAGCUGCCCAAGACGAACCUGGUCUUUAUCAUUACUGACCCAAAAGACCUCUGCACGUGUUCUUUCUCAACCCCAUUAAUACAGGAGGAACAUCCAUCUGACGGGCCUGAUCCUUGCAUUACGGCUCUCAACCCUCGCUACAGGAAAGGGCCUGCAGUCUGUUUUGACAACAACGAACAUGAGGAGGAUCCCGACUGUGGUGGUGUGGCCUGCCUGACUCCUUCUGUUUGGCUAACUCUGGCCCUUCAGCUGGUGUUGUUCUGGGUUGUGACUGACUCCAGACACCACGCCAUCCCAUCAUGACCCCAGAACAAUGUGAUCCAGCCUUGUAUCUCUGUUCCCUCCAGAUUGCUAACAUGGCUACCAGCAUGCGGCGCUGCCAUUCAAAUGAAGGCAAAUGACAAGAAGUGGUUCUAACUUAGAUAAAAACCUGAGAAUUCCACAUUCUACCAUAACGUUCUAUGAUUUGUUUAGAUUGAGGGGGGUUCUCUAAGAGAUUUCACCAGGUUACAAGAGAAGAAGAUAAAGAUUUGAGUCCUGAGAAAGGCCUCCUUGUAAAACUCUGUAUUUCUUCAAUGGUUUCCACCAACUGAGAUGACAGGAAUCCAGAGAUUGAUUUUGAUUGGUCGCUUCCGAACUUUAUCCAACUUGAUCUCAUCAGUGAAAGAGUUUGAACAGCCUCAGGCUAUCCCAGGGGUUUAGAAAAUAAUAGAGGGCUACAUUUUGGAUAUUUUCCCUGUAAAAUAUGCUAAAUUAUUACUUCACAUGCUCUUGCCCUUCAUUUACCUCAGCUGGGUUCCUAAUUAUUAUAACACUGUUUUCAUCUGACUUUUAGAUAACGUCUCAUAUGGAAUUGUCUUCACUUCAAUCUGCUGUUCUUUCAUGUAGAUACAAUAUUUGCGGUGUGAAAAUCAUGUUCAUUGUUUUUUAUGCACAGAAGCCAACACUUUGACUGCCACAAACACUUGUUUCAGGAGUAUACAUUUUAUUUUUGAAGGUCAGCUGAUCAGUUCAGCUCUGAACAGGAACGAUUUGUUUUUUCUUCCUUUAUGUAGGUUACUUCAGUAAAAGCUCAGUUGCCAUAGCGCUCACGCUAGCUAAUCAGGGAAACUGGGCUGGUCUCCUUUUUGUGCUCGGUGGAUAAAAUCUCUUGUGCCAUGUGGAUGAUGCAAAUGAAUCAUCUCCAGACUUUAGUAUAUGAGUUCAUUUCUAUUUGACAUUUUGGUUGAAAUUUGAUCCUGAAGGGAAAAAAGUACCCCUGUCCAUCCAGUCUGAAAUCUAUUUCCCUUUUUAAAAUUAGCAUCUACCUGAAAACAUUGGGGAAAACUGGUAACGAGGAAUUAUUUUAAAUGUUUUCCAAAUGGAGCAAAAAAUAUAUAUUUUUGAACAAAUUACACUACAUAAGCAUGUUAGUAAUUAAAAAUCGUUGAGGCACUGAGAAUUUCUCCACUUAUUUCACACAAAAAUUCGCAGGAGGGCUUCUAGCAAUCAAAGACAUAGUUAACAUAAGGUUAAAUGGUAUUCAUCUUUAGGCCCACAAGUUGCACUACACUAAAACAGAUAUGUGGCUGUUAUGUCUGUUACAACACAUGUUCAGGAACACUUCAGGAAAUUCAUUUUUUGGACCGACUUCCUCACUACAGCCACAAAUCCAAGCCAAAAUCACUACCAUGAUGAGAACAUCACAUAAAUGUACCCAAAAACAGCAGCCUUUUGAAGAGUAAAUUAUCCAUAAUGAACAUUGUUUCAAAUAAAAUUGUCCUAUUAACCUUUUUUAGGAUCGCAAAGGCAGUCAACUCAGACAAAAGGAACCUUCCACCUUACUGUCAGCACUCAGUUGAAAACACAAAAUCAUCCGCAUGCUUUGAGAAUCCCACACUUUUUCACAUGUGGGAAAUGGCUGUUGCAUUAUGUGUUUCCAUAUUCAACAUGACUUGUUGGAUAUAAGUCAGUAAAGGAGAUAAUAAUGUGACAGACAGAAAUCUUGGCAGUCAUUAUUUGAAAAACAAGCUUUAAAUCUUUCAGAAGAAAAUGUCCUUUUUACAUAAACCAGCUGCACUUGAUGAUUUUUUCACUUUUGUCAAUGAUUAAAAACCACUGUGCGGCGGUUAUUUAGGAGUUUGUUUAUUCCUGUUUCAAACUAAUCACAAAAUGAAAGGCUUCAUAUGUACACUUGCUAACUCAAAGAGGGCAGAGAUGUGCCAGGUCAGCAACCACUGUGUGUGUGACUUGUUUGGUGAGAAUUUAUGGAAACACUCCAUGAUUUUAGUGCCUAAUGAUGCCUCUAAAUCUUUCCAAAUCAAGUUACAUUGCCACUUGUUGAUCACAUACAAGAAAUGCUUCAUUUGAAAACAUCACCACUGUGUUUUUUUUCCUACUCAAACGAUUCAAAUAAAACCAGGGAGUGCAUCUUUUUUAACUUGUGUUUGUUCUGUUAAUGCUCAUCCAUAUUUGUGGAAAACUAUAUAUCUGUGGUAAAGUCACACUGCACAUUUAGAUUCUGUCACAUUAUCACUAACCUCCUCCCUCUGAGGAAUUCUUUAGCAUUUCUAUGAGCAGGUUUCUUGGAUGCUGCUUUGUCUUGGCAAAGCUCCAUCACCAUCAUGGACCAGGACUACCGUUAUUAGUAAUUCCCAAGUGGUCUUGACAUGCACCUUUUUUUCUCUAUGCGUAAAGAAUCCUCUAACAAAAACAAUGUGGUGAAACUAACAAUGGUGUUUAAGCUCCUCAUUUACUCAAGAAGUGCCAUAUACAGCUGUUCUUAUUCUCUUGUGGAGAAAUCUAUUGUCAUAAUAUAACAUUUAUGCAAUGUUACGGAUCACAAUGUUACUCUCUUGAAUAUUUCCCUGUGCUGCAUGGAAAUGGCUGAUAAAUCUCCAGUGUGCUCUUGCUUUUGUGUGUAAUGUUAGGAUGAAACGUAAUACCCUGGAUGUUCCACAAUUUUUCAAAUGAUCAUAAGGUGUGAACAGCUGGUCCUUUUGGGGGGACAGCAUUUGCCUCAGCUGCUAAAAAAGGGGAACCUGAUUGGGGAGCCCAGUGUUUGAAUGCACCAUUCAGUCUAGUUGCUUCAAGCCAUGUUUGAUUAACAGUUGAUUAACUAUACACCAUGUCAGACAUUUUAGCCUAUUAACUGUGAAUCAAAUAUACUUCAUACCAUCAAACAGAGGUUUUGCUAGGUAUUCUGCAGAUAACAGUUUUGGUCCCAAGAAACAAUCAAAAUGUAUUUGCGAAAGGUAAAGGAUGUGUCCUAUUUGAUUAUUAGUCUUUAAAGUUCAAUCCUGGCUUCAUAAAUGAGCACGCUCUUUUUUAUGAGCAUAGUCAAACAAUUCGACGUUGAUCCAGUAGAGCCCCCUUUAACUCCAGUGAGCGGCCAUCUUCACUUUGUUUUGUCCUGGACGAUGGUGCUCCUGUAGGUCCUGUGUGAAAGCUAAGUGUUGUUUCUCAAAGGUUUGGAAGGAACUUGGUUAACUUUAGAGGAUGCCCUGUCAUGAAAUAUAACAAAAGGAAAUUUCUGCAGUCAAGGAUCUUUUAAGGACUCCAAAGAUACUGUACCUCCGUGUAUCUCCAUAGUACUUUUCAUAUCUAAAGGACAAUGCAGACAGAACAUGAAGUGAGACUGGUCUAUAAUUUUGUUUAUUUUCACUAUGUUUGCUGCAUCUUGGUGAGUGUGAUCAAAUGAUUAAUCAUCAUUCAUCACAAUUUCUUGUUCUUAUGGGGCACAAUGGAUGAUGGGAAUGGUAUUGCAAAUGCACAUUUCCUCAUCUAAGAAGGAAACAACUUGGACAAUGCCAUCUGACCAAGAAUCCAUCCUUGAUUUUGUAGAAGCACUUAAUCAGAUUAUUAUUUAUUCUGUGUCUUUUUGGUUAGUUAUAAGCACCAAAAACACUUAGAGUUUUAAAAAAAAGCAUGAUUAGUGGACUUUUUUGAGGGGGUUCAUGAGAGAAACAUAGAUGUGAUGCAUAUCCACGAUUUCUAGAAAUGGCAGCAUUUUUCUUUUGUGAGUUGGCUGUUUUGUGACCAUGUGCAAUUCUGACAUUGGCAGUCAGCUCAAUGUCUAUCUCAUAUAUUUUGGCGAGCUGUAGACACAUUCAUGGCUGCUAUCAGUAAUGCCUUUUAGGAAGAGCCUGCAUUCUAAUUCAACAUCACAUAAUGAAACAUGGCUUGGACUUUCCACAGAAAGGUCAGUUACAGCUUUUGUUGCUGUUAAGUAUGGUGCAGUCAUCCAGAAGUAUACAUGAGCAGUAGUUGGUAAGUUAUAAUAGCUGGCAUGGCUCCUGCCAUUUUGGCAAAGAAACGCAUUAAACAUACAAAACAUCUGAAAAUGAGUUAAACCAAAACCUGAGGGGACAAAAACAAAACAAGAAAACCAAGAGCUUUUUACUUAUCAAGAUGUCUCAUUCUUCUCUAAGUGCUAAAAUCAGAUGCUGUCACCUCAGGAUAAUCUAAAGUUGAUGUGAUAGGAAGUGUUUCUGAUGCUGUUGGUGCUCUCUGUAUGGCGGGUUGGCCUUUUUUUUCUCUCUGCAAUCCUGACAAUUGCCCAGUGUAUGUAUGUGUGUGUGUGGUUUUUUUGUGAUAUGUUUCUUUGUUUCCACUCUGAAGGAUGUUUGACUUACUCAAACCACUCAUUCUCUGCCUUUGGUUUUGUGGCAGGCUCUUGGUGGAGCCAUUCAACAAGUCUUUAGACUCGGCUUGGAAGAGUCUUAGUGGGCUUCUCUGUGAGUUUCCCUCAAUUGUUCUUUAAUUGUGGAGCUCGAUUCUUAAGAAGCUCAUGUAAAAAAAAAAAUGUGUUUAAGAUUAGUUGUUAUUAAAAAAAUAACACUGUUUAUAAUUCUGAGGUAAAGAGGCUGUUUAUUCAUGUCGAAUAAGAUUUAUUCAUAAUAAAACUUUGAGAUUACCAUGAUGAUUUGCAUCAA